CUUCGCGACCUGCGCUCCUAGGAGGUAGCGGCCUCCCGGGGCUUCUUGGCUCAGAGGAAACAGCCGGGGGGUGGUUAGGGACCUACGUUUGAGCGCCCCAGUUCCGAAGGGCAGGGUCCUGCCCCCUCCCCUUCUGGAGUCCUGGAAGUUUCCAGUAGGUCGAGGCUGGGCGCUCCGAUGCCACCAGCAGUAGGAGCGACUCAGGAAGCUCGUGGUGGACGGGAGCAGUGUGGGAAGGUGUGGGCACAGUGAGGAGUGACUGGGAGCCACCAGCCCUGAGCCAGGAUCACGGUGGAGCUGUGUGGGCACGGGCAGUUCCUCACUGUGGAAUCUGAUGGGCAAUGCCAUGGUGAUGACCCAGUACAUCCGCCUUACUCCAGAUAUGCAGAGUAAACAGGGUGCCUUGUGGAAUCGGGUGCCAUGUUUCCUGAGAGACUGGGAGUUGCAGGUGCACUUCAAGAUCCACGGCCAGGGCAAGAAAAACCUGCAUGGGGAUGGCCUUGCAAUCUGGUAUACAAAGGAUCGAAUGCAGCCAGGGCCUGUGUUUGGAAACAUGGACAAAUUUGUGGGGCUGGGAGUAUUUGUAGACACCUACCCCAAUGAGGAGAAGCAGCAAGAGGCCCAGAAGAGGAGAUAUUCUCCGGGAGUCCAGCGGGUAUUCCCGUACAUCUCUGUCAUGGUGAACAACGGCUCCCUCAGCUAUGACCACGAGCGGGAUGGGCGGCCCACGGAGCUAGGGGGCUGCACGGCCAUUGUCCGAAACCUCCAUUACGACACCUUCCUCGUGAUCCGCUAUGUCAAGAGGCAUCUGACGAUCAUGAUGGACAUUGAUGGCAAGCAUGAGUGGAGAGACUGCCUGGAGGUGCCCGGUGUCCGGCUGCCCCGAGGGUACUACUUUGGUACCUCCUCCAUCACGGGUGAUCUCUCAGACAAUCAUGAUGUCAUUUCCCUGAAGUUGUUUGAGCUGACGGUGGAGAGGACCCCAGAGGAGGAGAAGCUGCAUCGGGACGUGUUCAUGCCCUCGGUGGACAACAUGAAGCUGCCCGAGAUGACAGCCCCACUGCAGCCCCUGAGUGGCCUGGCCCUCUUCCUCAUCGUUUUCUUCUCCCUGGUGUUUUCUGUGUUUGCCAUUGUCAUUGGCAUCAUACUCUACAACAAAUGGCAGGAACAGAGCCGAAAGCGCUUCUACUGAGCCCUCCUGCUGCCACCACCUGUGUGACUCACUGCUGAGGUGUAGCGGAGCAGACACUGGCCUCAGCUGGCCUGGGUGGGGGCGGUGUUCCAUCACUGCAGCUUUGGAUGAAUGCAAGGACCCUGCCUUCCUGCGGUCGUCCACAGGGAUGUCCCACUCUGGCCCAGGAAGCCGCUGUGAUGUGCCUUUCCCUGGAGUCCUUCUGUUGGGAGUGAAGAGGCAUGGAGAGAAUGUGUGCGGUGUGAUGCCCUAAUGCCAGACCAGACCAGGGGAGCCCAGGCCGGACGGCUGCAUUCUCAAUCCACACAGAGCAGGAAGCUGCUCUCACCUUCAGGACAUUUGCUUAUUGGUUUUUGCUCUUUGCAUAACCCUCUGCCCACCCAAGGAGCCCCCUGUGGAAAUCUGGGUGGAAACUUCUUUCCUGCUUCCUUUCCUCCCUCUACUCAUCCUUGCCAUGUGCAGCCUGAGCUGGACACCUCUGUGGGCCUGCAGAGCAGACUGAAGUUUCACGGACCCUCCCUGGUGGCCUGGGGCUUUCUGAAGCUCUGUCUUCUGCAGGGGCUAUGGGUGUGUUGGCAUGCCUGGGUCCCUCCGUGCCAUGUUUGGCUGGCAGUUGGCUGCAGGUUGAGAGAAGCUGGAAAGAAGAUUGUCUGUGAAGCUGACCAGGUCCAGGUUUGCCACAGAAAACGGCCUUUAUUGUGUACCUCUGGACCCACUGGAGCCUACUUAUCUGCAUGUUCUUGUUGACCAUGAUUUCGGGAAACCUGCUUUGAAUAUUGGAAGUGUAAGGAAGCUUUCUUCUUACUACCUAACCUCGGGUACUCUCCCCCACCCCCCCCAAAAUCUGUCUUCUUUUUCUUAAUGGAGAAGAAAUAGUUGCUGUUCUCAUUUGGUAAGCAUGGGAACCUCCUCUGCCUGGAAGAGCUCAUGGUCAUGGAGCCCCACAGCCUUAGUGAUGGCCUGUGUGUUGACCCUUCCUCCACUGCCUUAUCUGACAAGGGUCAUGUGCUGCUUACCUGUCUGCCCUGUGACUGAGGUGGUUUGGGCCAGGAUUGGAUCUCUGUAACCUAAGGGAAAUUCUAAAGUGGCUGAGGAAACCAGUCCUGAGCUUCUGACUCUGUCCUUCCUUUUGGGCUGGGUUAGCAGGAGUCCAGGCCUUUUUCUUGAUCCUCAGGCCCAUUGCUUUUCCUCUGUCUUCCAGUGGGGAAGGCCCUGAGCUCAGAGCAGAAGGAAGGGGUCCCCUCCCUACAGGGCCUUCUGCCUUGCCUGGAGCAGGGCUGUGUGUGGCACGAAGGUUGAGGGAGGUGGCAGGCAUCCUCCCAGCACCUUCCACGACAGCAGCGCAGCUCCAAGAACUGAAGGGCAAAUCUCGACCUCGAGUCUGGCCUUUGGACCAGGGAGAAUGAAAAGGGGAAUUUGUCCUUUGUGUGUAAGGGGAGAGAAAGGGGCUGUGAGGGGAGGACUAGGAGGGCUUGUGAGGUGGAGAGACAGCAUAUGGUGGGAGGGAACAGAGACUGAACUGUGUGGUCUCUUGUGGUUCCAGCUCAGAGCACCUGGAGGCUUUUUUUUUUUUUGGUACUGGGGAUCAAACUCAGGACCUUGUACUUACAAGGCAGGCCCAGUGCCGCUGAGCUAAAUCUCCAGCCCUAUGGAGGCCUUUUAAAGGGAAUUGGGAAAUGGAGUCUUCACCUCAUAUAGGGGACCAGCCUGCUGUCCUUAGAAAAAAUGAGUGGCCCAAGAAAACCACCCAUCCUACCGUUUUAUAUCCUGCCCCAGCUCUUUUUGUUCUAGAAACAAAUGCUUCCCAUGGCGAGUGGGGCCAAAAUGGAUCUGGGUACUGUGAUCCCUGAGUGCAGGCCAAGGGCCAUGCCUGGUCCAAGGUGUGGCCCCUGAGAGCCACUUCUCAUAGUCACCUUCCCUCCAUUUCCUCUGAUAUCAGGAGCCUGUUCACAUGGAAGAGACCCGAGGCCUUGCAGGGGCACGUGCAGGCGACAUUGUUCCCUGACCCUGUGUCUUCAGCCCCACAAGUAAAUGAGAAGGUGUCAGUGCUA